AUGGCCCAACAAACUUUUCCAAUGGAAUCCUCUUCGCUGAAACAACACGCCAUGAAAGGCAUGACAAUGAAGCGCAACACAUCCGAGAGCACAAUGAGCAGCAGCAGCAGCAAUAACGUGAGGAAUCGUGCCACCAUGAUCCGUCAAAAGCACGCCAACUCCCAAGAACUCAAGACAAGGAUCCGAUCGUACCGUCGUGUUUCGAUUGAAUCGGACGACAAGGGACUCCACGAUGACGCCGAAGCCGUGCGAAAGUCUCUGCAAACUCUGGAGGAAGUCAUGAACGCCAUGAAUGCUCGUACUAGCUCCGGUUCCGGACUCCGCAAGGCCGUCUCGAUCGGUUCCAUGGCCGUGUUGCAUCAAAGUCAAAGCAGUAACAGCAUCAGCAACAGCAAACCUAGCAGCAGCAAAAGCAUCGAGAGACGCCGAGUCGAAGGAUCCAGUCGGUUCUUGCCGCCAAGCCAUUGGCUGCUCACACCAGACAAAAAUACAACAUGGACAAGUACAUGGAUACCGCGUCCAAACGCAACGCAACCUUUCCCAUCAAAAAGAAGAAGAACCCAGCAGUGCAGCCCCACGUAG